AGUAAGCCAGCGUCUAUGCUGGAUAGUUUUAAUAGCAUGGAGUUCUAUUUUGUUAAGCUAGCAGCGUCCCCCUCCACUGAUUUUACUAUCCUGGCUUGUGUACCACCCUCGUCUGGCCGGCAAAGCUAGUGUUUUCGAACGGCAAGUGCGUAGUGUCGACCUGUUUUACUUUUUCAAGGAGAUAACCACGUGCUUCUAAAACAAUUAUUAACAUGCCAAAAUUAAGUGCCGAGAUUAAUUUAAAGUUUGUACAAUUGUAUCGUGAGGAAGAAUGUCUGUGGAACGCCACUUUUCCAUCAUAUAAAGAUAAGUCUAUUCGUGAUUCAGCACUACAAAAAAUAAGUGGCAAAUUAUUAGAGCUCGGCUUAGAAAUGUCUAUCAAAGACAUAAAAAUGAAGAUAAAAAAAUUACGAGCAACUUACUGUCAGGAACUGUCAACAAUUGAAAAAUCAACUAGGUCUGGAUCAGGUUCUAAGGACGAGUAUAAGUCAAAAUUAAAUUGGUUCGACGAAAUGCACAGUUUUAUUAAAUGUAUACCUAUGAAAAGUAAAACAACGGACAGUCAAGAAUCAGCAAUAGAUGAAGAGCAAGAUAACAGCCAAAUGAGCCAAGCCAACAUUGAAAAUAGCAAAGAACAUAAUAUUGACAACAACAAUGACAAUAGUGAUAACAGUGAAGACGUUGCAAAUUCUGAAAAUUUUUCACCACGGCCAUCUACAUCUGCGACAGGUAAUAUACCACAGCGCAACGAGUCUGCGACACCAACUGCGAAAACUACUAGUAAAUCAAACUAUAAAAUGUCAGCUCCAACUCCGAAAAAGAGAAAAAUUGCGGAAGUGACAUUAUUGGUUAGGGAAAUAAAGUCGAUAAAGGAUGAUUUAAAUAGUACAUGUACGGAUGAGCAUUCUACACCACAACAAAAUGAGCAUGAUAUUUUUGGAACUUUUGUGAGUAGCCAACUGAAAAUGGAAGAUCUGAACUGCGUAACCACCACAUUUACAUGCAAGACGCCUAGUAGUCAUUGCUCUUCAGAUUCACACACAACAACUAAUACUUUACAAUUGCGACUUACAUCAGGAGAGUCGGUUUUGUCAAUAAUUACAGAAAAUGAAGAUAAUUAUCAACGACAAAAUCCAAUCGACGAGAUUAAUUUCGAUUUUUUACGCCAGGACAAUGAGAAUCCUAUUGCUGUAGCAUUCCGCAAUGCAUAAUUUUUUUAUAUUCUUAUG